AUGAAGUGGCUUCGCUCAGCCGAAAUGGAGUAUAUUUCACUCAUUGUGAAUGAAGAUGCAGCCCAUGACUGUGUCCAGAAGCUCGGUGACCUUGGUGUCCUUGAGUUCACGGACCUUAAUACAGAGCUCACGCCAUUCCAACGUCGUUAUGUAAAUUACGUGAAACGUUGUGAUGAAAUGGAGCGAAAAUUACGCUAUUUCGAAGUGGAAUUGGCAAAAUUUAGUAUUUUACCCAAAUCCGCGGGCUCAAUUGAUCAUUUUAUAGCUGGUUCAGCUGAUAUUCGCUAUGGAUCGCAGGAUACGGCAACUCGGGCAUUGGAUACACUUGAGAGAGUGUUGGAAGACAAGGAACAGGAACUUCUUCAGCUGAAUUCAAUGCAUGAAAAACUUACGAGGGAGUACAAUGAACGCAAAGAAUUGCAAGAAAUAAUCAACCGAGCUGGUGAAUUUUUUGAAAUUGAGAUUCCAGAAGUACAGACACGGCGUGCAUCGAGGACGUCCUCACGGUCAGGAGGUUACAGUUUUGUGGAUUCGUCAUCAGGAGCAGUUGUGGGAGAAGAUACGUCGUCAUUGCGGUUUCGGAAUGUGACAGGGGUUGUACCGGCUGAUGAACGUCUCAAGUUUGAGAGAAUGAUCUUUCGGACAACGCGUGGGAAUUGCUUGACACGAUUCUCGCCGAUUGAAAUGCCAUUGAUUGACCCGAGCAAUGGCCAACCACUUACAAAGCACGCCUUUGUCAUCUUUUUCCAGUCGACAUUUAUUGAAAAUAAGCUACGCAAAAUUUGUGAUGCUUUCCAUGCAAGGUUGUACUCAUUGCCACCAAUGGAGGAUCGCGCUGCUAUUGCACACUUGAUCCAGAGCAAUGCUGGAGAACUGAAUCAGAGCAGUCACAUUCUACGCCGCAAUCGGGAGAGCUGUGUGCUACUGUGUCGUGACCUGGCGGAGACGAUCGAGUCAUGGAAGUGGUCUGUGUUACAGGAGAAGGCGACGUAUCACGCACUCAACAUGUUCCGCGCUGACGUGAGUGGUAUGCUUCGCGCUGAGGGAUGGGUUAUUAAAGAGGCCCUAGCGAGUGUUCGCGCUGCUGUUACGCGUGCCCAUACAACGGCUGAUGACAAGUCGAUGCCGUCACUUGUGGAUAGAGUAUCCAAGCCGUGGCCAACACCGCCUACAUACUUUGAGACGAACAAAUUUACUGACGCGUUUCAGAACUUUGUGGAGACGUACGGAUGCCCUCGUUACCGCGAGGUGAACCCGUCAGUAUUUACUGCUGUGACGUUCCCGUUCCUGUUUGGUGUCAUGUACGGUGAUAUUGGUCACGGCCUAUGCGUGCUGCUAUUUGGACUAUAUCUGAUCCUAACGGAACGUCGUCUCGAGCAGCCGGGAAGCAUGGGUGAAAUGACGGCAUCAAUUUACGGUGGACGAUACAUGUUGUUUUUGAUGGGUGCCUUUGCCAUUUAUGCUGGCAUCAUCUACAACGAUUUCUUCUCGUUGCCGCUAAAUCUGUUCGGUUCCAAGUUCGCGUACCCUGAUUGCCUCGAGUCUCACGAUCGCGAGGUUAAGUGUGUGGCUGAGUACAUGAUUGACGGCCAGAUGACGUACGUGAACGCUACGGACGUCUCUAGAGGCGACAACGUGUACGCCGUUGGAUUGGAUCCGGUCUGGAAGACAUCUUCGAACGAGUUGCUUUUUUUCAACUCGUUCAAGAUGAAGAUCUCUGUGAUUUUUGGCAUAGUCCAGAUGACGUUCGGUAUCCUUCUCAAGGGUUGGAACAACUUGUACUUCAGUGAUUACUCGACCUUCUUCUUCGAGUUUGUACCGCAAAUCGUGUUCGCCGUCUCGCUUUUUUGCUACAUGAUCGUGCUUAUUGUGAUGAAGUGGAGUAUUGACUGGACUGAGCGCAUGAAAUAUGAGGUGUGCCCAUUUAACUUUGCUGGUAAACAGACUGGCUGUCGCCCGCCUUCGCUUGUGAACACGCUAAUUAACAUUGCAUUGGCACCUGGCAACGUUGUGGAUCCACUUUAUGAGGGCCAACUUGAGACCCAGCAGAUGUUGCUCACGAUGGCGCUCCUGUCUGUGCCGGCAAUGUUGUUCAUCAAGCCUAUUUACAUGAAAUUCCAGAACGAUCGCUCUGCACCGCCUGUGAGUCACCACGUAGACUUUGAUGACGAAGCUGAGGAGCGUAUGGUGUCACGCCACCAUGGCAACUCUAGCGGUGGUGGCCACGGUGAAGAGUUUGAAUUUGGCGAAGUGGUCAUCCACCAAGGCAUUGAAACCAUCGAAUUUGUGCUGGGCAUGGUUUCGAAUACGGCAUCGUACCUGCGUUUGUGGGCUUUGAGUCUAGCUCACUCUGAACUGGCCACUGUGUUUUGGGAAAAGACGAUGUUGUCCACCAUCAAUAGCGACUCGUUCAUCGCGAUUUUCAUCGGUUUUGCCGUGUUCGCAGUGACAACGUUUGGUGUGAUCCUUGCCAUGGACGUGCUCGAGUGUUUCUUGCACGCGCUGCGUCUGCACUGGGUCGAGUUCCAGAACAAGUUUUACAAGGCCGACGGCUACAAAUUCCACCCGUUUUCAUUCAAGCAAACGAUCAAAGACUCGCAGCAGGUUUAG